CGGCGCACAUGAGGGUUGAGCAAAACGGUAGCCACGUUGACACAAAAAGUGGUGUUUUCUGUUUUUUUCUGCCGCCGGUCACGUCGUCAACUCACAUCUGUCAACUUAGGGAGCUCUGUCGGGACGUCUAGAAAGGUUUAAGGGGCAACACCAUCUGACAGGAUGAGUGUUGGAUUUAUUGGAGCGGGCCAGCUGGCUCAUGCACUGGUGAAAGGGUUCACGGCUGCAGGUGUUAUUGCUACGCACAGGAUUACAGCCAGCUCCCCAGACACAGACCUGCCCACUGUGUUGGGGCUGAGGAAAAUGGGGGUGAACCUGACAACUAGCAACAAGGAGACCGUCAGUAAGAGUGAUGUGCUGUUCCUGGCUGUGAAACCCCACAUCAUCCCCUUCGUUCUGGAUGAGAUUGGGCCGGACAUCGAGGACCGUCAUCUCAUAGUCUCGUGUGCGGCAGGGGUCACCAUCAACUCCAUAGAGAAGAAGCUGCUUCAGUACCGUUCAACUCCUAAAGUCAUGAGGUGUAUGACUAACACUCCAGUGGUGGUGAGAGAGGGAGCUACAGUGUACGCCACUGGGACACAUGCAGAGGUGGAGGACGGCAAGUUAUUGGAGCAGCUGAUGGCCAGUGUGGGUUUCUGCACUGAGGUGGAGGAGGACCUCAUUGACGCAGUCACCGGGCUGAGUGGCAGUGGGCCGGCUUACGCGUUCACAGCCCUGGAUGCUCUUGCAGAUGGAGGAGUGAAGAUGGGUCUGCCAAGGAGACUGGCUGUCAGACUUGGAGCUCAGGCCCUGUUGGGAGCAGCUAAGAUGCUGCUUGACUCGGAGCAGCAUCCCGGCCAGCUGAAGGACAACGUGUGCUCACCAGGGGGAGCCACCAUCCACGCCCUGCACGUCAUGGAGAGUGGUGGCUUCCGCAGCCUUCUGAUCAAUGCGGUGGAGGCUUCAUGCAUCAGGACACGGGAGCUGCAGUUUCUAGCAGACCAGGAGCGCAUCUCUCCAGCAGCCAUUAAGAAAACUACACUGGACAAGGUGCUCCAGCAGCCCGGAGUCACAGUCAGCGGAGUGGCUAAUGGGAACGGCAGAUCGGGGCUCAGCCUGUUUAACACCCGCAGCCCAGGGAUCAAGAAGCACUGAGUACACAGAGGCAGGCAGGCACACACACACGACAAUGUACCAACAUGUACUCAUACAUGUUAUCCAGCUGUUCAGCCAUACAAUUUUUAAAAACAAAAAAACAAAACAGACUGAAAUCACAUCCAAAUUAUUUAUUCAUACUUGAGUUACAUGUGGACCGUGGACCUGGUGGUGUAACCACAUUAUACACAAGCACAGGUGUAUUCUGGGGGAACUGCUCACAGUUACAGCCUUAUGUUGUGAUGCAGGAUUAAUGUCUACACAUACACAGUGAAGAGCAAAAGUGCAUUUACAAUCUGUUGUCUGUCUGUUUGGGCUCUAGACUAUCUAGGGCUGUUAAACGAUAAUGACCCAAGGGGCCAUCAUGGGAUCCUGGUACACGCCAGGCAGCAGAUGGCUGCUGGGAUACCAUCAAGCUCUUAAUGUACGUCUUUGUCUUUCUUUUAAAAAAAAAAAAGAAGAAAAAAAAGGAAAAAGCCACAGGUUAAAUCAUCAUGUACACAUCUCUUGAUUGUGCAAAUAAUAAUUGUUGUUUGACCAUGUUAUACUGUUAACAAAGACUGAAUAUGGAUUUAACAAAAAUGUAAUAACUUUGUUAUUUUGUUUGCUGCAUAUGAACACUAUGGGCUGAAUGGAUAAAAUAUUGCUUCUCACAUAUAAAGGUCAUUCCAAGCUUUAAAACACCUCUGUCAGCAUGUGAGAAUUUUCCUCACAUCCCUCUUUCCUGUCUGUCCAUUUUUUUGUUUUUAUUUGUCGCGCUUAAGGACAUAGUGCGUCUUAAACUGCAAAUCUUGAACUGUUCUGACGAAUGUGAUGUUUUUACCUGGAGGUGCUACAAAAAUGUCAUCUACACAAUGAAACAAUAUAUUCCUGUAGAGUAUGACGUAAAAGAUCAGCCAUCAAGCCGUCCUAAUUCUGCAUUGUUCUAUAUAUUUUAUCCCCAUGUUAAUGUUUUGUUUGGAAUAUCAACCACUGAGUUUGGUUUGCCAGUCAAAAAGUAAAUAUUAAAGAAGCAGCACCAAA